AUGACUUCCAAAUUCCUCGACGAAGCUGAACGGCAUCACAGCGUUCGUCUCAAUGGGCAGCCUCAACGCCGUGUACGCGAACCAUGGCACACAUACGUAGACCCAGGUAAGCCCCCACAGGAUAUUCAAGAAGCCUAUUCCAUCCAAGCGAGAAGAUUUACCUACUCGAGUUCUGCAAACAUCCUCCAACGUGAUCAAGAUGGGAUUUACAGCAAAGAAGAGGAAGAUUGCUCCAAGAUUGUCAGGAACUCCCGCAUAUAG